AUGAGGUUGUCACAGAAGAUGAAGAAACAUGUGAUAAAAUGAUAGAAUAUGUCUCACCUGAGCAACUGGGAGAGCAGCUGGUGACCCUUUCAUCCUUACCAGAAUCAAGGUGGAAAAAUCUCCUCAGUCUCGACGUUAUCAAGAAAAGGAAUAAACCAAGAGAGCCACCAAAAGUACCCAAGUCAGCCCCCUUCUUCAUCCCAACAGUUCCUGGUCUUAUACCCAGAUACAUCGCUCCAGAGGAAGAAAAUGAUGUGCAGUCAAAGGUAGUAAACCUUGGAGUGCUAGCACAGAAAUCUGAUUUCUGCAUUCGUCUUGAAGAAGCCCUGAGCACGAGUGAAUACACAGCUCCGCUUAACUUACUGAAAAGCUUGGGGCCAUCUAAUAUUGAAAUAGAACUGAGGAGCUUGGCCCCUGAAGGUGGUGGCUCAGUGGAGGUGAUGGUGAGCUUUUUGAGAAUGAUUGGGAUGAUGCUGAACAAGAAGUACAACUUUGAACUUGCCCAGGCAUACCUUGCAUUAUUUUUAAAG